ACAGAAUUUGGCAGCUCCUUUUCGAUGUGGGUGUGAUACGUUCUUGUAGCGAUGAGCUCUCAAAAGGCCUAAUCUGAACAAACAAGGAACCAAGUGAUACAAAAACAAAAUGAUGUGUUUUUCGGAUUCUCCUGCUGUUUCUUAUCAUAUGCUUUGAAACAAGCCCAGUCGGACUUAAACGAAAGAAACCACUCUUCUGGUUUCUUGCUCCUGGUUCCUGUUGGGUUUGACCUGUUCCAACUAGCUGAAGUCCUGAAGAGGAUAAGCGGUCCGUCAAUGAGGAACUACAGGCUCAUCUUUUGCCACAAUCUCAAGCAGCCAUAGAUGCCCGUACCACUCAGCGCGCGUGAGGAGGACAGGAGAUAAACACAACUUCUGGGUCUUUGAAGUGCCAAACGACGAGUGUAGUGCGUAGCGGAGGCGGUGGGAGGUGAGGGAUGAGGAAGAGUGUCUCCCCGGCUGGCUUGUCCCUGGGUGAGGCGGAGGUCGCGGUCGAGGCGGAGGCGGAGGGCCGCCUGGUGUUCGGCGUCCCCCUUGAGCAGCUGCAGAUGAGCGGGCAGCCCGGCCGACAGGUGCCCCUGCUCGUCAGACACAUCGUGGAGUACAUCCAGGAGCACGGUGAACUGGACAUGGAGGGAGUGUUCCUGGUGAACGGGAACGCGGAGCGUGUGGAGUGGCUGAGGCAGCGCUAUGACAACCGUGAGGAGGUGGACUUGCAGAAGGAAGCGGACGUGGCCUCGGCCGUCAGCCUGCUCCGCCUCUUCCUGCAGGAGAUGCCCCAGCCCCUCAUCCCCAUCAGCCUGCAGAUACAAGUACUGCAGGUCUAUCAAGAGUACUCGAGUGAGGAGGAGUUGUGGCGGAGUCUGAAGUGCUGGCUCCAGCAGCUGCCGGCGCUCCACUACAGCCUGCUGCGCUUCCUCUGCCGCUUCCUGGCAGGCGUGGCCUCCCUGCAGACGCACAGCUGGAGCCUCGGAACCCUGGCGGCUGUCUUCGGAGCGGACAUCUUUCACUCUGGCACAGAGUUGGAGGAGCUUAAGGAACAGGAUUCUGUGAGCCGUGUGCUGGCAGACCUACUGGAGAACCAGGAAGAGCUCUUCGACUCCGACGAGGAAGACGACGAGGUGUCCACCACCAACGACUACAGCUCUGUCAACGAACAGAUCACAGAGCUGCUGGAGGAUGAGCGUGUGGAGGCGUGUGAGGAGCUCCCUCGGGAUGCAGAGGAGGAAGAUGAGGAGGAGGAGGAGGAGGAGGAAGACGCACCCGGAGAGAGACUCUACUCUUCCAGCACGCCCCCCGAGACAGACAGCGGCCCUUCCAGUUCCCAUAUCUCCUCCAUCAGUAUACUGCCUGGAUCAGCAGAUAUCAUACAAAGGACGAUUCGGGCAGCGGUGGAGCAGCACUUUCUUGAGCUGAAGACCGGCCAGACACCACAAAGUCAGUGCCAGUGUGUAAGGGACCCUGAUGUGAAGGACGAUGAAUGUGAUCACUCUGAGGGCGAGGAGCCAUCGUCUUCCUCCAACGCCCUGGAGCAAGCAGAGAUGCAGGACAACCAGGAGCCGGCCUCGGAAGGUUGUGUGUCCCCCAGUGGUACUCUGGAAGGUUCUGGAAUGGAACUGGACUCAGAAAGUCUGGUGGACACAGAGAACAAUAUCAAUACAGCCAGACAAGAAAACUUCCAGUCCUGUGAGGAGAUGGAACUGACAGAUGUCAUCAGCUGUGAUGAUGAGCUGAACGCCAACACAGAGCCUGACAGAGAGGGCAUGCAGCUAAGAAACAUCUUCCCCAAUGGAGAGUGGGAAGCCUGUCGUCCAGGCCCUGCCCCCCUCAUAGAUUUCACAUGUAUGCACCUGCAGCAUCAAGGGAACGACCCUGUGCCAGCCAGUAAGGUGUGGCAGGGGGACAGUGAGGGUGGAGAGGCGCAGCUCUCCCCAUUGGCCAGUCGCAUGUUGCCCCUCCCACUGGAGGAUGAUGCCCAGCCCCUUCUGGCAAGGCGCUUCCUGGAUUUUGGCAGUCAUAGUCAGAGGUUCUUCCAGCAGGACCCCGAGAACACAUCACCCACCAAAGCGCUAUCAGCUGGGAGGCAGCGGCGUGCCUCGUUGAGCUCCAAAGAGAGUGCCAAAGGGGACGCGGUGGCCCACCAACUCACCAAGAAACUGCAGAACCUCAAGAAGAAGAUACGACAAUUUGAGGAGCAGUUUGAAAAAGAGAAGAACUACAAGCCCUCUCACGGGGAUAAGGCAGCUAACCCAAAGGUCCUCAAGUGGAUGACAGACCUCACCAAAAUCCGCAAGCAAAUCAAAGGACGGCAGCUGUUCAGGCACCAGGCCCUGCACCUCUAUCACAGGCGCCUGCAGGCGUCAGGAGGGGGCGCAUCCAUGGCCGCUCCCUCCCCCUCCUCCUCCUCCUCCUCCUGCUCCUCCGCGAUGGCCUCCUGUUCCUCCUUCUCCUCCCUCAGUACACACCUACUGCACCACCCCCCCUCACGCCACCACCACCCCCCCUACGCCCAUAGGCAGGGACCCCACCUCAACGCCAGGCAGCGUGUGGAGUCGGAGCUGGCCCCGCAGGCUCGGCCGCGCAGCAACACUCUGCCCAAGAGCUUCGGCUCCUCCCUCGACUCGCCUGCAGCACCCUCCGAGGGUUCGGAGGUGACGGAGAGCCGACCCACGCGCCACAACACCCUGGACCUCAUCCAGCAGCGCCUCAAGACCAAGAGACAGGAGGAGGGCUGGCCCCAGGACGUCAAGAAAAUGACCAAGGAGCAGCUUGCUGGUGAGAAAACGGUGUUGCAGAAAAAUCUACUCCACUAUGAGGGACUCCAUGGCCGGCCGGUGACCCGUGAGGAGCGCUUGAUAGUGAAGCCACUGUACGAUCGCUACAGACUCAUCAAGCAGAUGAUAACCCGUGUUAGCAUCACACCAAUCAUUGCGUCUCCCACUAGUAAGAGGCGUAACAUGACCCUGCAGCCGAUCAUCGAGGGGGAGACGGCACACUUCUGUGACGAGAUCACGGAGGAGGAAGAGGAGAAUCGCGGAGAGGAGGAAGAAGAGGAGCAGGAUUCAUCCUCAGAGGAGAAACAACAACAACAGCAGCAGCAGCGUGUGAUAUCUGGAGAGAAGACCAGUGGCGUCGACGUGCGCGCCCUCGGUGACAGCAGCGAUGUCAUCGUGGCUCUGGACCCCGCAGCGCAGCCCCCUUCUCAGCAGCCCUUGAGGCACGUGCCUGGCGACGAGACGCGCUCCGGGAAGAUGGCACUCGACUUGCGCCUAUCCAGCUCCCACGCCUCCUCCAUGCCGGAGCUUUUGGAGCAGCUGUGGAAGGCCCGGGCUGAGAAGAAGAAGCUGAGGAGAACCAUAAGGGAGUUUGAGGACGACUUCUACCAACAGAACGGCAGGACCGCUCAGAAGGAGGACCGGCUGCCCAUGAUGGAUGAGUACAAGGAGUACAAGCGCAUCAAGGCCAAGCUCCGCCUCCUGGAAGUGCUCAUCAGCAAACAGGACUCCUCCAAAUCCAUCUAGAGUCCCAACCGUCACCAUGACGACUGCAUUGUACACAACACCAUCCAUCACCCACAGUAACAGUUUCUGUGGCAACCAAAAAUGUUACCAUAACCUUGAUGGCAGACCACAUACCUUACUGCCUUUCCCUCUAAUCUCUUUAUCACUCUCUCACACACUCACAUGUAUAUGCACACAAACAAACACACACACAUGCACACAAACAAACACACACAUGCACAUGAACACACAUGCCCACACGCACACGCACACAAGCAAUGACUGAGAUUUUUCUUUUCAUUCUUGGACUAACUAAAGACUACACAAAAAAAACAGAAAGGAUUUUUUUCUCUCUAAGACAAAUAAGCAAUUUUGUCUUGUCCUAAUCCUGGUUGUGUUGUCUGUCCUGGUUUUGUUUAUAUUUUUAUGUAAUAUAUCACACUGACGUAACACACCCUCACCCUCACAGAAACACACGGUGAAAGAGGCCGAAGAGUGAGAGGGGGGUUUUCAAGGACAUCGUCGGUGCCACAGCACAUUGGCUGACUUUCUUUUCAUAGUGUGUGUGUGUGUGUCUGUGUGAAAGAGAAGGCGAAAAUAUUGUGUGUAUUGCAUAUGUGCAUAAGAAUUUGUAUGUGCUCAGUGUAUUUAAAACGGUAAACCCAUGUGCACACUUUGUCCUGUUAUAGUAUGUUAAAGCGGGCAUAUGAAAAGAGUUUGUGUGUGUCCCCUGAAUUGCUUUUCUGCCAUUUUCUGACUGAGGUUGGAGCAAAAGUGAAAUGGUUGACCAUGCAACAGUCCCUGCUUUAUCCGCGCGUAAAAACACUCUAGGAGUGUGUAUGCGCGCGCACAUUUGUGUGUGUCUGUAUAUUCACCCAAUGGGAGUCAGUGUUGCCUGAGGACUUAUCCCCCCAAGUGUGUGUGUGUGCGUGUCCAGUUGUGUCUGACGCCUACUUUCUAUUGAUACACAGACUUGAAUGUAUGUUUGUUUCUGCUUUACGAGCUCCUGGGGAAGUUCUGAAUGGUGGUGGGAACCAGUUUAGGACGUCAGCAGCCUCUGUGGCUGUCUGGGACUUUAAGGGACAUUUUUGAGGCUUAGUGAAGCAUCAAAAAAACACUGUUGGAUAGAUAGGUGGUCUGUGAUGGAGUGACCAUCAUCUGGGGUAGUGGGUGCAGUGCACUCGGUGAAGGACAACUCGACUUCAGAAGCUUAAAAUCUAGUGCCACAUAUUCCAAAUUACCUUGUCUCUUACCUGUCCAAAUACCCUAAUUAGACAGGUCAAAUCUGGUCAUUUGGAAUGUAUGUCACUGGAUUGUACCUUCUAAAUCCAGGUUGCCCAUCGAUGGGAGUGACUCACAACUAGGAUUGUGGGUGCACUCUGUCCCACCAACCGACCCUGACUCUUUGGUGUAGGUGGGUCAGAGUCCCUAUGUUGUUACACCAGAAUAUAUGGGUAGAAAUUGAGUCCUGGCUGACAGUGCAACUCUACUCACUUUUCUUCCAUGCUCAUCUUGCACGUCUGCCCCUUCCUUCAGUUGAGAGGUGCUACAACAUGUGCAUUAGAGCUAGCUUUCACAUUGCUUUGACAUGUCAAGAAAGAAGAACUCGAGCAGUGAGAUUUCUGUCGCAGCUGCAUUUCAACUCAGCCUUACACCAGUACCUCAUCUCUCUCUCUCUCUCUCUCUGUCUCUCUCUGUCUCUCUCUCUCUCUCUCUCUCUCUCUCUCUCUCUCUCUCUCUCUCUCUCUCUCUCUCUCUCUCUCUCUCUCUCUCUCUCUCUCUCUCUCUCUCUCUCUCUCUCUCUCCCCCCCUCCCUCCCUCCCUCCCUACAUUUCAUACACUGCAUCUUCAUGCACUCAGCUCCCUUCAUGUCUCUUGGACUGUUUACAUUCCCACUGAGAAAUACAUAAAAGGAUUGAGUUAGACAGUCCAUCACAUUCCUCGUCUCUCUCUCUCUCUCUAUCUGUGCUUUGUGUGUGUGUGUUGAAUGUUCCUCCCUUAACCUCAUAAUCAGAGUGUAUUGUGAAAAGGAGAGCAGACAAGGCUGCUCGUUUGGGUUGUGUCAACCUGUUAGAGCUCACCUGUUGUUGACCUGAACUAUAUUGUACACAGAAUUCAGGCCUCAGUGAAGAGGGUGAAUCAAUAUUGCUUCAUCACCAUCGCUGAUGCUGUCCCUUUCACUGUGUGCGCGUGUGUGAUGACAAUUGUCUAUGUAUUCUGUGGGGUAGAAGUCAGAGUAUUUCAGUUGUGUGAGAAUUGGCGGGAUGCAUAUUUUGACUCAGUACUUCAGUAUAACAAGGCAUUAAGAACCAUGCUUGGACAAUAAAGCAAACGCGCACAGAGCCACAGCACUUGCUAUGAAAGAAAGAAACAUUUGCUGGCUGCCUCUUCACUGACAUUCAGUGGAGGAAGUAUUACCAUCGCAUUGUGUAUACAGUCUUUCCAGUCUAGAUAGGUAAUGGUUGUCUGUCUUUUUUUUCUUUUCUUGGGGUGUGUGUGUGUGUGUGUGUAAGGGAAUGGGGGAACGUUGUCGAUACAUUAUUUGCACAGCAUUCAGCGAAUGCAUCCUUUAUAUUUUUUGUUGUAUUUUUCCAUGUGUGGUCAUAGCAGUGGGGAAAGCACUAUGAGCAUUGGAACGUGCCACAUGGGCGCCACUACCGGUAACUUAUUUCCUGCAUGACAGAGCUCCUACCCGUGUGAGACAUACUCCUGCAUUCGAAAAUAGAGAAAUUGUUUGUACUCGUUUCUUUUAUUUUGUAAGCGUGUUUUGCUGCUCGAUGCCGGGCCGCUCUACUUGGUGUAGCCCUGUGUGCAGUUGCUCCGCAGCCUAUAAGCUAGAUGUAUAGUGGUGAGCUUGCAUGGCCAACCUCUAUUUUUUUUGUGUGUGUUUUACUCGUUUGUUUGUUCAUUUGUUUCGGUGCCAUGACAAAUAAGCAAUAACAUUAGUGUCCAGGGCGCCGGCCCACAGGGUGCGGAAGGCCUCUUGUAUCCACACUAUGUAUCUAGUAUGUGCAUUUUCCCAAUAAAUUGCUUGUGAAUACUCA